GACGCCAUUGUGGGACACAUCCUCACGUUGUAAAAUUUUACUUUUAUGUUUUUCCGUUGUUUCAAAACAUCGACGCUGGGCCAAACUUUGAGCCGUCAUUUCGAUCCGUACUCAUGAAAACUGGAAACUUGAGCAGUACAAGUUGCCGUACCAAAGAAGUUGUGUAUCCGUUAUUCUCAAAAGCUCUUUCCUCUGCUAAAAACUGCACUGAAUUACACAAAGUCCACUCACAGAUUGUCACUUCAGGAUUACACCAUUCCGUCUUCUUCUCCGGCAAACUCAUAAGCAAAUAUGCUCAGCUCAGAGACCCCAUUUCCUCCCUCUCAGUUUUCCACCAAGCUCUUCCCAAAAGCAAUGCCUACCUAUGGAAUUCAAUCAUCAGAGCGCUUAUCCACAAUGGGUUUUACUCAAAAGCUCUUGACCACUACACUGAAAUGGAUAAAUUGAAUGUUCGACCUGAUAGGUAUACAUUUCCUUCAGUGAUCAAUGCCUGUGCUGCGUUAUGUGAUCUGGAAAUGGGCAUGAUUGUUCAUCAGCGUGUUUCCGAAAUGAGUUUUGGAUCAGACUUGUACAUUGGUAAUGCAGUGAUAGACAUGUAUUGUAGAUUUGGUGAACUUGGCAAAGCACGGCAACUGUUUGAGCAAAUGCCUCAAAGGGAUAUUGUGUCGUGGAAUACUGUGAUUUCGGGCUACAGUUCGAAUGGAUAUUGGGAGGGAGCUUUGGAAAAUUUUCGUAGGCUGAGAAUGGACGGGUUGUUACCAGAUUCUUUUUCCAUAUCUGGUGUUUUGCCUGCGUGCGGAGGCUUGGUUGAUGUUAAAGAGGGUUAGAUAGUUCAUGCUUUGGUUGAGAAGAUUGGGGUCCAUGCUGAUGUUUUAGUAAGCAAUGGAUUUCUUUCAAUGUACUUCAAAUUUGGUUGGUUAAAAGAUGCUCAAUGUCUUUUUGAGAAGAUGGUUGUUAGGGACUCGGUUAGUUGGAACACUGUGAUUUGUGGGUACUCUCAGUUGGGGUUGUUUAAAGACUCAAUAAAUUUGUUUAGGCAAAUGGUGAAUGAAUUUACACCUGAUUUGCUAACAAUCACUUCUGUUCUCCGUGCUUGUGCUCAUUUACAGGAUCUGGGACUUGCAAGAUAUGUUCAUGACUACAUGAAAAGAAGUGCUUUUCAAUUUGAUACUAUGGCAAAUAACAUACUUAUUGAUAUGUAUGCAAAAUGUGGAAACUUAUUAGCUUCACAAGAAGUAUUUGAUCAUAUGGAAUGUAGGGAUGCUGUGUCAUGGAAUUCAUUGAUCAAUAGUUAUUUUCUUAAUGGUUGUUCUGAUGAAGGGUUCAACCUUUUUAAGGCGAUGAAGAGUAGCGUGAAACCUGACUCUGUGAGUUAUGUGAUGAUACUGUCAAAUUCUACCCAGCUAGCAGAUGUGGACAAGGGGAAAAUGAUCCACUGUGAUACGGUAAAAUUGGGAUUCAAUUUAGAUGUUAUCGUCAACAAUGCUCUUGUAGAUAUAUAUGCUAAAUGUGGCAAAAUAAAGGAUUCGCUACUAGUAUUUGAGAAUAUGGAAGUUCGUGAUGUAGUAACAUGGAAUACCGUAAUUGCUGCUUGCAUUCAUUAUGACGAUUGUAGUUUAGGGUUAAGAAUGAUUCGUAGAAUGAGGAAUGAGGGAGUGAUGCCCGAUGUGGCCACCAUGUUAGGUAUCUUGCCUGUGUGUUCCUUGUUUGCUGCAAAGCAACAAGGAAAAGAGAUCCAUGGGUGCAUUUUAAGGUUAGGAUUUCAUUCAGAUGUCCCUGUUGGGAAUGCACUAAUAGAAAUGUAUUCUAGCUGUGGUAGUUUGGAAAACUCCAUACGAGUAUUUGAGCAUAUGAGAAAGAAGGAUGUGGUGACAUGGACCUCCAUGAUCUCUGCCUAUGGGACAUAUGGUGACGGAGUGAAAGCAGUAAGAACUUUUGCAGAAAUGGAAGCAACAGGUGUCCUUCCUGAUCAUCUUGCUUUCCUUGCUGUCAUAUUUUCUUGUAGCCAUUCAGGUUUAGUAGAAGAAGGUAUGGCUUACUUCAACCGGAUGAAGAACUGCAAACUUGAACCUAGGAUCGAACACUUUGCUUGUGUAGUUGACCUCCUCUCACGGUGUGGCUUAUUAGCUCAAGCAGAGGACUUUAUCCAUUCAAUGCCAAUGAAGGCAGAUGCGAGUAUAUGGGGAUCUUUACUUAGUGCUUGUCGAGCUAGUGGAGAUACAGAUAUAGCUGCACGUGUCUCAGAACAGAUAAUUCAAUUGAAUUCUAAUGAUACAGGGUAUCAUGUUUUGGUCUCAAAUGUAUAUGCUUUAGGGAAGUGGGAUCAAGUGAGAAGAAUUCGGAAAUGCAUGCAAGCUAAAGGACUCACAAAAGAUCCUGGAUUUAGCUGGAUGGAGAUUCAAAAGAAAGUCUGAGGAUAGUCCCUCUUAAAAUUGUAUAGAGGUCAAAACGUUUGUCGGGGCUACUUUUGGGUUUGUUGGGAAAGGAAGAUAUGCUGAUUUGCAACUUCUCCCACCAUGACUUCGGAGAUGGAUGAGAAAAAAGACGUAGAAAAGGGGAGGGCUUGCCAUGGAAGGUCCAAUGUUCGAAGGAGAGGGUUCUGAAUUUAGAGCAGACCCGAAUUCACUGAUCCGAGAGGCAACACGAGGAUGUGUCGCUCGCAGAUAAUGUGAAAUUCUCAAGAGGAUUUAUGCGAUUCUCGGGUCCAGGCGUCCAUAUGAACAAUCUCUCCAGCUCACUCUACAGAGGCUAACUACUGCAGAACCUGAGAUUGCAGACGCUAAGUGGAAAGCUUCUAAAAAAGUUCAAAAUUUGGCGGUAAUGCCGUUGUUGACCGACAGUCUUGACAGCCACAGUUGAACACUCUGAUAGUAAAACUGAAUUCUUUUCAGCCAUUAGUCAGUUCACUUGGAUGGCUCAGAUUUUACCGUUGUAAAUUCCUUUUUUUUUUCCAAAAAUCUGGCAACUCAACAUUACUAUUUUGGAAAGUUAGAGCUAGAUUCUGAAGGUCGUAGGGUAUAAAACCAGAACCAAGUCUUUGAAGUUCCGCAUUUUGACCCAAUGUCGGGAGAACCUUCCUAUUUGAAUCUGCUCCUUCUACCUUGUCACUCUUUUUCGUGAUCCAAAUUACAAUGUUGCUUGACAA